AACCGCUCUCUGCGCUUUCGGAGCUCGGGGAGAAGCGGCAGGGCUGGGAACGAUGGGAUUCUCUGGUGCAGCUGAAAAUGUUACUCGAGAGAGAAAGAUGAGAGCGAGCGGGAAGCAGGAGCCACCUAGUGAGAGGGUGGUGCACCGGAGGCGUGCGACGUUCCGAGGACAGAAGCCGCCCUUGCGCUGUCACCUACUGUGCGGGCUGCGGGCUCAGAGCACCGCGUCACGGACGCGCGCUGGCGGUGCUGAGCAUGCUGAGACCAUCACCUGUGUGCUGGCUGGGCUUUCUGCCUUUGAGGACACACACACGUCACUUCUACAGGAUCUUACCGUGUGACCGAGAAGAACUCACUCAUGCAAUUGUCCUGCUUCAGCAUCCUGACUGGUGGAAAUUUCACAAGCGUUGUGAUUCACGCUCAGAGACGAUAUCCUAACUCUGCGAACUUCAUUCAGCGCGGCGAGAAAUUCCACACCUGCCGUAUGUGUCACUGUCUCAGCAAAUGGCACCGCCCAGUCCCAGGAACAGUACCCCUAAUAGUAGCAGUGGGAGCAGCGGCAGUGAGCAGCUGAGCAAAACCAAUCUGUACAUCCGAGGACUGCAGCCGGGCACCACCGACCAGGACCUUGUCAAGCUCUGUCAGCCAUAUGGCAAGAUUGUCUCCACCAAGGCCAUCCUGGACAAGACCACGAGCAAAUGCAAAGGCUAUGGUUUUGUGGACUUUGACAGUCCCUCAGCAGCACAGAAGGCUGUUACCGCACUGAAAGCCAGUGGUGUGCAGGCACAAAUGGCAAAGCAACAGGAGCAAGACCCUACAAAUUUAUAUAUCUCAAACCUCCCUCUGUCGAUGGAUGAGCAGGAACUGGAGGGGAUGCUGAAGCCGUUUGGUCAGGUGAUCUCCACCCGAAUCCUUCGAGACACUAGUGGGGCCAGCAGGGGAGUUGGCUUUGCGAGGAUGGAGUCCACAGAGAAGUGUGAAGCCGUCAUCACCCACUUUAACGGGAAGUAUAUCAAGACGCCCCCUGGAGUGGCAGCACCAUCUGACCCCCUGCUCUGCAAAUUUGCUGAUGGCGGGCCAAAGAAACGCCAGAACCAAGGGAAAUUUGUGCAAAAUGGACGGGCCUGGCCAAGGAAUGGAGACAUGGGUGGUAUGGCCUUGACCUAUGACCCCACCACAGCUCUUCAGAAUGGGUUCUACCCAGCCCCAUACAGCAUUGCCCACAGCAGGAUGCUCGCUCAGUCUGCACUCUCCCCGUAUCUCCCAUCUCCUGUGUCCUCCUAUCAGAGAGUGACCCAGACAUCUCCUCUCCAAGUUCCUAACCCAUCCUGGAUGCAACACCAGUCGUACCUCAUGCAGCCUUCAGGCUCAGUUCUUACACUAGGGAUGGACCACCCUCUUUCUCUCCAGCACGCCUCCAUGAUGGGACCUCUUACCCAACAAUUGAGUCACCUGUCACUCAGCAGCCUGGGCACGUUCAUGCCAACGGCUGCUGCCAUGCAAGGAGCUUACAUCCCCCAGUGCCCUCCUGUGCCUUCCUCCAGUGUUUCUGUUGAGGAGAGCAGUGGUCAGCAGAGUCAAGUGGCAGUGGAGACACCCACAGACCAUGGGGUUUUUCCUUUCCAGUUCAGCAAGUAACAAGGCCUAGGCCUGAGAAAAGAAGACUGCAUGCCUGCCUUGGGCUGUUUUCCUGUUGAUGGAGCCUAGGGAACCAUGUCGCUCUUCGUAUGCACUACAUCCAAGACGAAAGAACUUACACCGGCUGAGCUGCCUCCCACCUUCACAGAGAGGUCGGAGUAUGUUGGAAUUACUUAGGAAGGCUUGUCAAAUGAUUUCUUUAAAAAGAAAAAAAGUGCUGGAAAAUCGAUGAAGGAACCCUGUUUGCCAAGUUUAGUUAUGGACUAUUUCUGAGGUGUCAUGUGUUUUAAAUAUGUGGACCUAAAAGUUUGUUUUGCAAAGCUCUCAGUUCACAGGGUCCCUGUGUAGCCCUGGCAGGCCGGCCUUGAGCUCACAGGGAUCCUACCCACUCCCGUCUCCUGAGUGCACCACUAUGCCUGGCUGCUGUUUUUUCCUUUUUUAACUUCUUGUCCAGAUUGUUCUUUUCCUCUUUUCCACUCAGCUGAGCCUUGCCUGCUUUGCCUUUUUAGUUUUUAAUUUUAUGAAUUUGCCUUAAAUUUCAUGUGGGACUGGGAAAAGGGGCAGUGGAGGUGGCUUUCCCUCUGCUCUGAGAAGAGACUGGAGUUUUGACUUUGGGAAGCAGACACGUGACAACCAAAUUUGGCGGCAAGUUCCAAAAGGAUGAUGACUACAACAGACAUGGGUCUGACUGGCGCCCAGCUUCAGCUUCAGGAAUGCCUGCUCUGCCUCCUGGAGGGUCUUCACUCUAUCCCAGGUCUCACAGCCCCAUCCCUGCUGCUUGUGGCUUUGCUCAGUCCUUCUAAACAUCCUUCCCCCAUGUGCAAGUUCCGCCUCUAUGAGGUUGUUGCCGUGUCUGUCAUCUUUGACAGGAUUUCCCUGCCUUCUGGAGUAGGCUAAAUCCCCAGCCCAGCUCCUGGACAGAGCCUCGUAAUGUUCAUCAGGAGUGCCAGCUGCACGUGGGUGUACUCAACAGUCUUUAGAGCUUAGAAAUUCAGCAGGAGCUGUCUCAGCAGGGCUCGCUCACAUGCGUCAGCCAAAUGCAGUCUGAAGGGCUGAAGGUGAGAACUGUUCACUGUGCUGGGCGUGCGUGCCUGAUAAAGGACCAAGCUCUUUGUGCAGUACCCUGCCCAGCCCUGGAGUGUUUGGACCCCUUCCCCAGAGAACCAGAACACCAGAAAUCAUUUUCCUUCUUGUGGAGGGACAACAGGGUGCUAGGGUAGGAAAAGGCAAUACAUCAGCUCCUUACCUCAGGAGAGACCUUGAAAUGCGUGUCUUAACUGUCAAAUCCAGGUUCACCUCCACUAGACAAUCAAAGUAAUGGAGAGCGGGAAGUGUGUUCAGAGGCUUGUGUAGGGAAGGAAGGGUUGACCGUGGUGGUGGAAAGACACUGGCUUACUGGCGCAGCAGCUGUACAUACUGCAGAACUGGGAAUCCUGGUCUGAUUGUACUUCAGUGCACUCUGGGAAUAAAGGCUCAUGGCAGUGGUAAGCAUAGUAUGGGCUAGAGAUGACUCAGAGGUUGGGAGCACUGGGUACACUUCCAUAGGUCACGUGUGAUCUGGUGCCCUCUUCUGGCCUGCAGGCAUACAUGCAGGCAGAACACUGUAUACAUAAUAAGUAAAAAGAAUAAAAUUACCAGAUUUUUUCCACUGGUGCUUCCAACCUCAGGAAGGUCAGCUAUAUCCAGUUAAAGCCCUCAGUGACAGAACACUAAGAAGGUAGCUUUCUUGUUAGUGGUCUUUAAGGAAAACCAAACCAAGCCAAGCCCAGAACUCUACUGAGUGGACUGUUUGGAAGCUCUGCUGAUAGCCAGGGCCAGUAGUUGUCACCACUGCCCUGUCACUACCUCUUAAAACUUGUUUCUUUUUCUGUAGCUCUAAAAGCAACUUGAAUGAAUGGCUUAUGGUUUUAAAAUUUUAAAUUACCUUCUGAGGUUUUCCUCUGUGAGUAGUUUAGCUUCCAGUGUUUCUGGUUGAGCAGGUGCGAGCAUGGGAAAUGAGGGUAACCUAUAAUUUUUUUUAUAGUGGUUAAUGGCACUGUGUAAUUCUGCUUAGUAGUGAUUGCCACCCUCUCUUGUUGGCUCAUUACUCAGUAGUGACUGGUGACAGGAAAGAAGGGUGUGGGCUGUAGAGGGAUGGUCUGCAGGACACUGCUCCACAGGAAGCACCCCACCACACUACCCAAGGCUCUCAACACCAUGCCCAGUGCUUCCUGAAUCCUGCCGGCAUGGAGGUCAGACCUUUCUCUUUACAUUUCACCCCCAAAUUGUUUCCAGUUAGAACAUACUAGAGUCCUGGGAUGGUGUCAUCCUUUACCAGGCUCCAGGUCUACCCAACCCACCUCAGGGUUACUAGCAUCCCUCCCAGGCUUGGGGUCCAGGCUGUAGAUGGACUGGCCUUUAGGACACUGUGGGGACAAUGAUGAGGAGAGAUUCUUGAGUGUUUUUAAGCCAAGGAUUUGAAGAACUGCCCAGCCUGUGAAGUUAGGUGCCUCUGAAGAGGGAACAGCUCUUGUCAGUAAUAAAGAUGGGCAGUUUGUUGUUCCUGCUGUCCUUCCCUCCCAGACAUGCUCCCACCUUCUGGAAAGUGUCAGAACUGCAUUCACUGAAGGCUGGUUGUUGCCUUCUUAGCCAAGAGCAAUACGUUGAGUCAGGUCCAAACUUACCCCAGCCUUUUCUAGACCUGAACUCAGAGAGCAGGACCGGUCUUAUAAACAACAGUUGGUCUAUACAGGCAAAUCAAAUCUGUACCUUGUCACAUGGUUCUUCCCAGUUCCUCUGUGAACCAAGCACUCCACUUCUGAGCAGCCUGCCCUUUCAAAGUCCUGUACGCAUUAGAGUCCUGAAGUUGACAGGCUGCAGCAGAGCCUCCCCUCAGCAGCUAAAGCCUCUGGAUGCCUCUUCUGCUCCAUGCUGACCCUUGCUAGAGGUGGUCUCCAUGUGGCAGUGACCAGAAAGAUCAAUGCUCUCAUCACCCUUGUGACCGGCUCUUCGACUGGCAUCUGCUCGUUCAACUCCUGUUCUCCUUACUCAACUACCUCAGUCUCACAGUUCAGCUCAGGCACAGCACCUGCUUCCUAACCCUUCACCGCCCUUGUCUUUGAAACAAAGCAAACUCUUCAGUUCAAGAGCCGAAACUGCCUUCUGGAUUGUCUUCCCUUCCCUUCCCUAGUGUGAGCAUGAGCGCUCCAGGUCGGUCCCUGUAUGAUGAGCCAGGGCCUAGGCUGUGCAGUGACCACCUUGGGCAAAUUACUAGUUCCCCAGGAACACCAGCUUUGGAGCAGACUUAAGACCUUGGAGAAUAAGAGAAUAGACUGGAGGCUGCCACAGAGCUGAGAGGACCAGAAUGGACGUCUCUGCUCCUGCCCCUCUCUGGGGCAGGUGACAACUCUACUGGAUGCACUUAUCGCCCUGGAGAGAGAAGUUUAAUUUAUACUUAAAACACAUUUUGUACAUUUCCCCUUUACCCAGAGACCUGUAGUUCACACCCUCCCGUCUGCAGUGCUACCUCUUGCCCGCUCUCCUCGGCUCACUUCUGUCUGACAUCCCUCCCCUGUAAUUUGGAAGAGCUUUACUUUCACUAACUUCAAUCUUUUUUCUUUCUUUCUUUCUUUUUUUUUUUAAAAAUAAAACAUAAAAGUCGG